AUUUCUCUCCGCCCUCAUUCUCUCACUUUUGGCCUUUCUGUUUCCCAAACAGACAAGAAUUCUGCUGACUGCUCUGCUCACAGCCCACAUAGAUCCCCACACGGUCAUAACCAACCAACCAACAAACUACUCUCUCUCUCUCUCUCUCUCUCUCUGGAUUCCCCAAUUGAAGCAAAAAAAAACCGAGACAUAUAACUUCCUUCUUAUGGAAAACCACCACCAAACACCGCAGACAAGAUCAAGAUUCAAGCGAGUAUGCGUUUUCUGCGGCAGCAGCCCCGGCAACAAGCCGAGCUACCAACUCGCCGCUAUACAGCUCGGAAAAGAACUGGUUGAGAGGAAAAUCGACUUGGUAUAUGGAGGAGGCAGUGUUGGGUUGAUGGGUCUGGUCUCCCAAGCUGUCUAUGAUGGUGGCCGCCAUGUGUUAGGAGUGAUUCCAAGAACUCUCAUGCCCAGAGAGAUUACUGGGGAGACUGUCGGAGAAGUGAGACCAGUGUCUGAUAUGCACCAAAGAAAGGCCGAAAUGGCUCGGCAAGCCGAUGCAUUCAUAGCCUUGCCAGGUGGGUAUGGAACACUGGAGGAACUAUUGGAAGUCAUCACUUGGGCUCAACUGGGAAUUCAUGAUAAACCGGUGGGUUUGUUAAAUGUAGAUGGGUUCUACAACUCGCUUCUGUGUUUCAUAGAUAAGGCUGUUGAUGAAGGUUUCAUAGCCCCCUCAGCUCGUCAUAUUAUCAUUUCUGCCCCAACUGCCCAUGAACUCAUGGCCAAGCUUGAGGGGUAUGUUCCAAAACACUCUGGUGUGGCAUCAAAGCUUACCUGGGAAAUGGAGCAGCAAUUGGGUUACAGUACAAAGUCAGACAUUUUCCGUUGACCCAAUCCAACGCGUCUAUUCUCUCCGGAUCAUUGAUGACCGUAGAUGUUAAGCAAUCUAACCCCGCGGUACGCAAGACCACCGGCAUGUUAGCUCCACUGAAUCAUCCCCGACAGUUAAUUUUGUUCUCACUGUGGUCCAUUGUGUGGACAAUUUUUUUCCAUGGCCUUCUUCUUUCCGAUUUAAUUCACGUUAUUUCUGGUUUCUCAUUUUGGACAACUCUUCUUCUAUAUUUAUAUUUUUCUUAUGAAAUUAAUUCGUUUAUCAGUU